GGUGUACACUCCUGCAGGAGGGCAGGGUUCCUGCGCUGACCCAGAAGUGACCUGGAAGUGACAAAGAAAUGCAUACAAUCUAAUGUUUAAACAGACAGGAAGUACCUCAGAAAUUACUUUAAAAAAAGGUUAAAAUUCUAAAUUAAAAUCGAGCAAUAAAACGACAUUGAUCAUAAGGACAUGUCAUCAAUCACGUUAGAGGGGGAGCUUGUCCAUGUCUUGAAGGUGGGGGGGUCAGUGCAGUGCUUUGCUAUGAUCCCUCACAGCCAAUUGUGUUACUGAAAGACAGCGCACUGGAGGAGUUCAAAAAGCUAUGGACACAAGACAGAGGAUGUUACGGUGGGGGGAAAUAGGACCCAAGUCUAGUAGAGACUGGGAAGCAGAUUUCCAGUUCCAAACAAAAAGCAAGUUUUAUUAAAAUUAAAGCUGAUGCAAAAAACAAAACUGAAGGUGAGGUGGGACAAAAGAAAAACUAACUAACACUGACCAGGGGACACGGGAGCAGGCAGACAGACAGACAGGAACAGAACAUGGACAAGACUAGUUAGGAACGACGACAACGGACAAGGAACAGAGACAAAAUACACAAGGGUAAUCACAAGACAAGACACAGCUGGAGAGGGGAGGAGGAACACAGGGCAACAGGAGAAACACAAUCAGACACAGAAACUCAAGACAGAAAGUGAAACCACAGACAAAAGACAGUGGGUGAACGCCUUUCAAAAUUAAACACAGACAGAUCGUGAAGAAUCUAAAAUGACGUGGAUUCAUAAAAAAUAAAAAAAGAGCACCAUUCAUGUUCUUGCAACUAAUGUAAACAGAACACACUCCUAUUCAGAGCUGAUAGUGAGGUGGUUAUUAUUGCUAUAAUUGAUGUUAUUAUAAACGAGUUUGUGGCUGAUGAGACUAUAACAAUUACACUUUGAUUCCAUCAGUAAACUAUUCAUUAACUCUUUGUGUCGCACAUAUUACAAUAACAUUUAGUAUGUUUUAAGGAUUAGCCAAUUAUUUCAUCAAAUUGAAAGACAGAGCUGUUCUUUAUUGAACCCAAAUUGGGAAAUUAUUUUGUUACAGCAGCAUUGUGUUCAGACACAUUUAUCUCAAAGGUUUUACAGUGUGUGACCCUCACGUCAGAAGAGCUAGAUUCAGGAUGAUCUCCAGGAGCUUCCAGGUGGCGCCUAAAUAUAACAAGAUGCGUCAGGCGGGACCACAGCCCCGACUCAGGGUCCACAGUCAGGACACGGUGGAGGCUUUGGUUUCUAAGGCUGUUAUUGCCAUGUCACCAUGGAUUUUGAUUCAUACUUUAUCUGAUUUAGGGACUCCACUUAAUAAUUACUAUAGGCACAUGAGGGGGUCACAUGGAAACAGACUGGAUGGAAGAGCAGGAUUUAUCCUGUGAAGAAGAGGAUGUGCAGAGGAAGUUGAGUUGAUUAGAAACAUUCACUCAAAGAUGGCUGUAACCCCCCUUCCUCAGCCUAUGCCUCGAGGCACAGGAAUAUAAACAUGACGUGGUUUUAUUUAUGCUGACAUAAAUAAAUCAUAAAAUAAAUCUGAUGAUGGACUGACUUUAAUUACAUGUAUUAUGUCAACAGAUCCAUAUAACUGUAUACAGUUAGUUCAAAGCAGUAAUAUUUAAUUGAACCUUUUAUGUUUUAUUUAAACUUGAUAUUAUUGCUUUCAACUAACCUAACACAGUUAUGUGUAAUUUGUUGACAUAAUACAUUUAUUUAAGUCAACGUUAUAGCUUCUUCACACAGCUCUACAUGAACACAUCAGCUUCACAUGUAAUCAUGCAGUCCUGUCACAUCUCCUUUUAGUUUUACCUUUCUGUCAAUGCAUUUUGACAUCAUUAGUAUUUUUAACUUAAAUUUGAGUACCUGAAACUGACAGAUGACGUUCCUCUUAUGGUUAGAAUAAGUUCAGCCACUCGGCUCUCACUGAUAUAUCUGAUCAACUAUGGAAUUGGAUGCAGAACCAUUUGAUACAGAAAGUCUCCCGGAGGACAUCUGUGACUGUGAAUGACAAUGUGAAGCCACUAUAUCAUGUCUUUAUUUUUUUUAUCAUACAUGUUUUAUAGCAACAUCAUCAAUUUACAACACAGCCCAGAGUACAACCCAGGUUGCGCAACAUUUCUCCAAAAGUGUAAUACUCCUGGACACUCCCAUACCAGAUGUAAGAAAGAGCCAAUGGUUCCCUGGGGACAAAGUUAACAGUAAGGUCAGGUACAACCCCAUCCUGUGCCUAAUAAUUGGUGUUAGAUAUGCUCUAUGGCAAAAUUUCAGAUGUAUAAACCGAUAAUUUGGGUUUUUUGAAGACCCAUAACAUUAACCCAAAUUGCAUCCCAAUACAAUUCUUGUCCCAAAGUGGAUAUCUCCCUAUCGCAUGCUUUCAUGCCUGAUGUGGGCAUAUAUUUCUGAGAGUUAAGAUUGUUAUAAAUAAAUGAAACUAUUUGUUUAGGAGCCCUCUGCACCCAACUCAGAAUAGGAUGUUCUUUCAAAUCUGACCCCCAGGGAACCCCAUAGGCUUUACAGGCAGACCGUAUUCUAAAGAAAUAAGAGAGAGUGUUGGUCAAUUUUAUAGAGGGACCCGUUUUUGAAAGUUAAGAAUACAAUUUUCCCCAUUAAUGUCCUGAAGAGUUUUAAUACCUUUAUCCUCCCAAGCUUUGUUGUUGAAUGGUUUGCCCCCAGUCAAUAGGUUAGGAUUGUUCCAUAAUGGAGAUGACCAACACCACACACUUCUAAAGUUUCCUGCUGCUCUGAACACUUAAAUCACAUGAGUUAAGACAUUUAUUUUUAGACAUUUAUGAUCCCCUCUUCCAGAAGCAGGAGGACUCUUUUAUUCCGAUUUUCCUGUUAGAUAUAGUUCCUAUACGGUGAUACCGGGAGCCCACCAUUAGCUGCAUAAUUACAAUAGCCAGACCCGCCUUAGUUGGUCCUUCCGGCCGACUUUAGUUGCUGAAUUGUCUUGGCGAUUUAAAAAAGAAAAGACCUUAACCCAGUGACAUGCAGUGAAUGUGACCCUUGGAGCCAGUGGGGUCAGAGGUCAGAGUGCUGUCUUUAGUAUUUACAUCAUUACAGGCAUUUUCUCCUUUUCAAACUCAAACACUUUUUAUCUUUCUAGAAAUAUUUCUUUCAUCCUAUAACUUUGUUUUUGAUGCAGUGGAAAAAGACAUGCAUUCUGUGUGCUUGACAAACGAUCAGUCAUGCUUGCUAUAAAACGGAUGAUGUGGAAACAUUAUUAUUCAUAAAAACACAGUGUGAUAUAUAUUCAUACUUGUGAGUUGUAUUGUGAGUUUAUUUGCAUCGGAUUGAAAACGACUGACGCAGCCCCCUCCUCCGGAAGCUUUCCCUCCUCACAUUAUUGAUGGUCUCCUGGUCUCGAGACAUAACCAGCUCCGUCACCGGGGGGAAGUCACUCCUAUAGGACACAGCUUGGAGGAUCUAUAGAGAGAAGGUAUUAGUAUGUGAGCUAUUGACCGGCGCUGAAUGAAGCAUGGAGGGAGCUGGCGCCGCGGUCCUCAUCCUCGUCCAGAGGAUCUACUACCCUUUGCUCUGCGUCAUGGGCAUCCCAGCAAACCUCUUCACAUUCUACAUGAUCUGCUUCCGUAAGUGCGGGAUGUCAGACACGGCCAUCACUUAUCUGAGCUGCCUGGCCAUCAUGGACACCUUCUACCUGGUGUGGGUGAUCCUUGUAGACCUGACCCUCACCUUCUGGCUCCUGCAGCCCUUCUGGCACUCCAACCCUUGGUGUUCCAUCCUGGGAGUCCUGCAGUACGGAUCCCUCUACAGCUCCUCCUGGAUCGUGGUGGUGUUCACCAUCGAGCGCUACCUGGUCCUCCGCAGCACAGCGGCCAAGCAGCACUUCUCCCAGGCCCACAUCACUAAGCUCACAUGUGUGGCUAUCGUCCUGGUGUCACAUGUCGUGUCUGUACCGCACGGCUGGAUCAACAUCGUGUCACCUGUCAACAUCACUGUGGAGGGACACAAUGUGACACUGCCCCGCUGCCACUACCGCGAUAAGGCCUACUCUACUAUUAUAGUGUGGAUAACUACCUUCCUCUCAGGGGGAAUCCCCAUCGUGCUGGUCAUCAUCUUCAACUACCUCAUCGGCUACCAUCUGUGCCGAGCCAGCAACCUCUUCACCAAGGAAGAGCGCCGUGUCAUGUGUGGGCGGAGCACCAGGGGCAUGUUGAAGAGGACCAUCCUGCUCCUGGGCACCGUGUCCGUCACCUUUGUCGUCCUCAGCCUGCCCCGCUUUGUCACAUACUGCAUCCUGAGGACCAAGUACAACAAUGACAACUUCAAUAGGAACGACUACAGCAUCCCCAUUAAUGUGGCUGGAGACUUGGCCAACAUGCUGCAGAACCUUAACUCCACCACCAACUUCCUGCUCUACUGCGUGGUGAGCCGGCGCUUCCGCAGGGAGCUGUUCCAGGUGGCCACUUGUAAGGCAAAGGCCCGUGAGCUGGGCUCUGUUCUCACCCACACUACCAUGAGAGUCUUCUCUGUGGCACACCAUAAGGCCUCGCCCUCCACUGACCCUGUGACUGUGGUGCUGACCAAGCUCAAACUGAAAGAGUAGAACCCUUCUGGAAGAAUGGACAUGAAUGAGACUUUCAAAAAUGUAAUCCUUUAAACAUAAAUGUUCAAUCUUGACUUUUGAAAUUGUAGUUUGAGAAAAAAAUCACCAAAAUGCUAAUUUACCAGAAUUGUUCAGGGCUCUCAACUAAAUGUAUGAUGACCUGGAAAGUGUUGCUUUGUGAUUAAAUACCUUUUAAAUGAUU